AUGGAGUACCCAAAAAUUGGAAGAGAGCGUGCUAGUGAAAGCAUCCAUCAACUGAAAUAUGCCUUAGAGGAGAGGCAGUUUGCAGAGAGUGAGGGUGAAGCUGGAUUUGACCAAGACUCUGUGGACAGGGGCAAUGAUGAAGCAUUUUUUGCAGCCUGGCAGGAAUUGCAGCACAGUCAGGCGGUUAAUCAACUUAAAAUUUUGUUGCAACAUCAAGAACAAAUGGAAAGUGAAGUAUCUCCAUCAAGGAAGAUGUCAUUCUGUAAACUCCCAGAAGCUGCAACUGGAGAUGUACCAGCCCUUUCUGAUCUCAUUCCUAUAAUCAAUGAUCAGUCACAGUACAUUAACCAUUUAGAAGCAGAAGUGAAGUUUUGUAAGGAGGAAUUGGCUAGGAUGAAAGAACAAGUACAGGUAGUUGUAACUGAAAAUGAAGAACUCCAUCAGAGACUGAAAUUCUUAACUGCAGAACAUACAUUGAGAGAACAGACUCUUCUAGAUGCCUCAGCAAAUACUCAGAACUCCUGGCCUAUAGGGGGCAGUGACAGCAUGCAUCAGCCUGUCACCUCAUCACCAGCUCGUAACAAAGAUCAGGCUUUUGUUACUGCAACUGUUGGAGAAAUAGAAAAAUGGAAUGUAGAACUGGAGAAACUGAAACUUAUUUAUCAAGAAAAAGUCAAUAUCCUUCAUGAUCAAGUACAGUCCCUAAGGAAAGACCUUUCAGAAUCUCAGAAGACAUGCAAAGAUUUGGAAGGAAGGCUAAAACACCAGAAAUCUCUUGUUUCAGCCACAAAUUCUAGCCGCGCUGGUGGCCUGUGUCUGAAAUGUGCACAACAUGAGGCAGUUCUUGUGCAGACUCAUUCUAAUGUUCACAUGCAGACCAUUGAGAGGGUAACAAAAGAAAGAGAUGACUUGAUGGAUGCACUUGUUUCCGUGAGAAGAAACAUGAAAGAGAUGCAGCAAAGAGAAUCUAAUGCUUGUGAGCAAGUUAAACAAGCUGUGCAAAUGGCAGAAGAGGCCAACUUAGAAAAAACAAAGGCUCUAGUCCAGUGUGAGCAGCUGAAAAGUGAGAUGGAACGGCAGAAGAAUUGUUUUGAAAGGGAGUUAGCUGCCCAGCAAAGUAAAAGGACUGAUGAAAAAGAAGCACUGCGGGAGGAAAUGAAGAAGGAAAGGGAGGACUUGGUAGCAAUGGUAAUGGCCGUGUCUGAGAAAGUGGCCAUGUCAGAGGCACAGAUAGAGAGAAUUACAAGGGAAAAGAACUCUCUACUUAAUCAGUUAGAAGAAUCACAACAGCAGCUUGCAUCUCAUGAAAUGGAGAUGAAUAAGGUGUGUGGAGAAAUGCGCUAUCAGUUGAAUGAAACCAAAAUGAAGAAGGAUGAGGCAGAAAAGGAGCUCAGAGAGUACAGAACAAAAACUAUAAGGGAGCUUGAAAUUAAGGACCAGAAAAUAGAAAAACUAGAAUUAGAGCUGCAUGGAAGCAAACAGCGUUUGGAACAAGCCCAGCAGGAUGUGGCAGGAGCCAGAGAGGAGUGCCUAAAAAUGACAGAACUGUUGAGUAAAUCUGAGCACCAACUGCACCUCACCAGAUUGGAGAAAGAGAGCAUUCAGCAAAGCAAUAGCAAUAAAGCAAAGGCCCGAGCCCUGCAGGCCCAGCAAAGAGAGCAGGAGCUGACACAGAAGUUGCAGCAAAUGGAGGCCCAGCAUGAGAAAACUGUAAAUGAACUGGACUCAUUGCUGACCUCCCAGAAUACAUUCAUAGCAAAAUUAAAGGAAGAAUGUUGUAUGUUGGCAAGGAAGUUGGAACAAAUGUCCGAAAAGUACAGAUCUGAAGUCAACCAGCUUAGUCAGGAAAAAGAGUAUCUUCAUGGCAGAUUGGAGAAGAUGCAGAAACGGAAUGAUGAAUUGGACCAACAAUGUAUCCAGCAUGGGAGAAUGCAUGAGAGGAUGAAGUCGAGGUUACAGCAGCUUGACAAGCACUGCCAGGCCACUGCCCAGCAGUUAGUGGAGUUGCUCAACAAACAGAAUCAGCUCUUCAAAGAGAAGCAGCUGCUUACAGAAGAGGUGCAGUUUCUGCGAACACAGGAAAAAAAAUGGGAUUCAGAUCUCAAGCAGGACACAGAUGGAAUCAAGUAAAAACCUGGAUGGAUAAAGAGAAAUGAGCACAA